AUGCACUGGAACGUACCUUUCAUCAUCUUAGCAUCUCUGCUGUCCCCUUUCAUUUCUGCCGUGACCAUCGAACACUAUCGAACCGGAACAUGCAAGGGCAACCACCUCACUUGCAUUGGAAUCCGCGAGUUCCAAUGCUGCAACUUCAAGCCAAAUAGCCAGUCUGUUGACUCCUCUGCCCUAUUUCGCGGCUUGCCACGAUUCGCUAUUGGAAACGUUUGCCACGCAAGAGGAAGUAACGAUUGCGGAUCGGUGCAGAGAUCCGUGAGGGGACUGAAUCAAUGUGCCGAAUUGGCCAAUGCUCGGGGUUCCUUUUGGUUUUUUAAUUGGCAGCAAAAUCGUCAAUUUUUCCAAAGCCAGGAGAAUGUCAAUGUUAGCUUUGUCAACGAAAUUAUGGAUCACCGGGUCAACGAAAUUAUGGAUUACCGGGACAACGUAACUCUGGCUUACCAGUUCAACAGGACCGUCCAGCCAGACUUGGUGAACAUCGAAGGCCAUGCAUUUCCACUUUAUUGGGGCACUCCUGAGAACGUCACUGUUGCCUUGAUGGAGAUAUUUGAGAAUGAUGGAACUUAUGAGGAUAUUCCAGAGGAGGCGAGGCGCUGGGAAAUUAGAGAGGAAAUGAGAUACGAAGACGCGUACGAAGACGCGUACGAAUACGCGGACGAAGAUGCAAACGAGAAUGCAAACGAGAAUACAAACGGAGAUGCAGAUGGUGAUGCAGACGGAGGAGCGGACGGAGGAACAGAGUGA